AUGUUUGAAAAGUCAUGGCAGUCAGGUGAAGUCCCUGGUGACUGGAUAAAAGGACAUGUUAUGCCCAUAUUUAAGAAGGGUAGAAGGGAGGACCCUGGGAAUUACCGACCUAUCAGCCUCACCUCUGUGCCUGAGAAGAUCACAGAGCAGAUCCUCGUAGAAGAGGAUCCCAUGCAGGGGAGCUGGAACUCAAUGAACUUUAAGGUGCCUUCCAACUCCAAACAUUCUGUGAUUCUAACAACUCCUCAGCUAGUGCAGAGGGACUGUGAGGAGCAAUGUGGUGCAUCUUACAGUUCUGAUAGUUUUGUCGGAGCUGGGAAAACAACUCUUCUAAAUUACAUAUUGACAGAACAGCAUAACAAAAGAAUAGCAGUUAUUCUGAAUGAGUUUGGAGAAGGAAGUGCCUUGGAGAAAUCUCUGGCAAUCAGUCAAGGGGGAGAACUCUAUGAAGAAUGGUUGGAGCUCAGAAAUGGCUGCCUGUGCUGUUCAGUGAAGGACAGUGGUGUGAAGGCUAUUGAGAACCUCAUGCAAAGGAGAGGAAAGUUUGACUAUAUAUUGUUAGAAACAACGGGUUUGGCAGAUCCAGGCGCUGUAGCCUCCAUGUUCUGGGUUGAUUCUGAGCUGGGAAGUGACAUCUAUCUUGAUGGUAUUAUAUCUGUUAUUGACGCAAAGCAUGGAUUGCAACACUUGACAGAGGAGAAGCCAGAAGGCCUUAUCAAUGAAGCAUCUCGGCAGGUGGCAUUGGCUGAUCUUAUAAUCAUCAAUAAGACAGAUUUGGUUUCAGGAGAAGAACUGGAUAAAGUCAGAACAUCUGUCAGGUCAAUAAAUGGACUUGUUAAAAUUAUAGAGACGCAAAGAUCAAGAGUUGAUCUCUCCAGUGUCUUGGACCUGCAUGCUUUUGACAGUUUAUCUGGAAUAAGUUUGCAGAAAAAGCUUGAACAUAUAAGGACAACACAUGCACAUCUAGAUAAGGGCAUAAUUACAGUAACAUUCGAAGUUCCAGGAAGUAUAAAAGAAGAAAACUUAAAUCUCUUCAUUCAGAAUCUUCUGUGGGAGAAGAACAUGAAAGAUAAGACUGGACACACUAUGGAUGUUAUUAGACUGAAGGGACUGGUAUCUAUUCAAGGCAAAUCCCAUCAGGUGAUAGUCCAGGGUGUCCAUGAGCUCUAUGAUCUGGAGGAGACUGCAGUAGCCUGGAAAGAAGAUGAAAAAAGAACUAAUAGACUAGUCCUAAUAGGCAGGAACUUGGAUAAAGAGACCAUCAAAGAAGUUUUCAUAGCCACUGUGAGAGAGAAACAGGGAAACAGUUGA